CUUCCUCCUUCCUUUCUCUCUGACGACUUACGCGUACCUCCUCUCUCCAUCCCUCCCUCCCGCAUAUAUCCCCCUGAUCCGUCAUCUUUCACUCCCCAACCAUCAUCUUUCACCUCCAAACCUAACAUUGACACAUGAGAAUGGCGCCUCAAAUGGGUUCCUUCGAGUGCGGCACCACCUCGCCUGGCGAGACAGCCCCAAGGGUCGGAUAUGCCACCCCUAAGGGGCUUGUCAGCCGUCCAGGACCAGAUAUCGACACCGUCUACGAUAUCCUGCAGUACACGGCAAAGCGACAUGGUGACCGGGACGCUAUCGGCUACCGCGAGAUCCUGAACAUCAUCGAGGAGGAGAAGGAGGUCAGGAAGAUGGUCGAUGGUAAGGAGCACAUCGAAAAGAAGAAGUGGUUGUAUUGGCAAAUGAGCGAGUUCAAAUAUUGGACGUAUGUCGAGUUCAGAGACAAGGUCCUGCGCGUCGCCAGUGGGCUCCGAGAGAUGGGCAUGGAACCAGGCAACGUGUUCAACAUCUACGCUGAUACAUCGCACAUAUGGCAGCUUAUGUCACAUGCUUGUGCAGCUAAUGCAAUGAUCGUCGCCACCGCAUAUGCCACGCUUGGUGAGAGCGGACUUCAGCACUCCCUGGAGGAGCCCGAGGUCGCAGGCGUUUUUACCAAUGCCGACCUACUGGGGACGUUGCUCAAGGUGGUCGAUAAGACGCCAACGGUCAAGAUCAUCGUCUAUGAUGGCAAGCCGAAAGCCGACAUACUCGAGAAGCUGAAGAAGAUCAGGAACGGAGAGAUAAGGCUGAUUCAUAUCGAUGAUCUGGAGAAGCUUGGGGCGGAGCACCCGCACGAACCCACUCCGCCGAAGUUCGAGGGCACAGCUUGCAUUAUGUACACUUCUGGAACCACAGGUCCACCGAAGGGUGUGGUGAUCACCCACUCGAACUUGGUCGCUACAGUCGGCUCAAUUUUCACGCUCCUUGGCAAGUGGAUCCAACAAACCGACUGCUUCCUUGCUUUCCUCCCUCUCGCACACAUCCUCGAGUACGUGGUCGAACUGGGUAUGUUCUAUGUCGGCAUGCCGAUUGGUUAUGGGCGCGUGAAGACGCUGACGGAUGCGUCCGUGCGCAAUUGCCUGGGCGACCUGCGCGCUUUCAGGCCCACGAUCAUGGUUGGCGUACCCGCUGUCUGGGAGACAAUUCGCAAGGGUAUCGUCGGCAAGGUGAACCAGGGAGGCACCAUGAAGAAGAACAUCUUCCACGGUGCCCUCAGCGUGAAGAAAUUUGCGACGAAUAACAAGCUCCCCAUUGUUGCGAAUCUCACGGACACGGUUGUGUUCAACCAGGUGAGGGAGCAGACAGGUGGCAGGCUGCGCCUGACUCUGUCUGGCGGUGCCGCAUUAUCCAAGGAGACCCAGGAAUUCCUCACCAUGGCUCUCGUUACUAUCCUAUCUGGAUACGGUCUGACCGAGUCCUGCGGUAUGUCCUGCAUUCUACCACCCGACUUCAUGCAGUAUGGCCCUGUUGGUGUCCCUGUGCCAAGCAUGGAGGUCAAGCUCGUGGACGUGGAGGAUGCUGGAUACAGAGCAACCAACAACCCGCCACAAGGCGAGAUCUGGAUCCGCGGGAACUCGCUCUGCAAGGGGUACUUCAAACGCCCUGACCUGAACGAGGAGGCAUUCACGCCAGAUGGCUGGUUCAAGACUGGUGAUGUCGGCCAGUGGGAGAAAGACGGCACGAUGAGCAUUAUCGACCGAAAGAAGAACCUCGUUAAACUGUCGGGCGGUGAGUAUAUCGCGCUCGAGCGACUCGAGUCGAUCUACAAGUCGUGCAACCUCGUGAACAACAUUUGCGUGUACGCCGAUCCAGACGCGUCCAAGCCUAUGGCAGUCAUCCAUCCGCACGAGAGCAACCUGCGGCAUGCGACGGGUAGCGAAGCGCACUUGUCCGAGAUGUGCGCGGACAAGAAGGUCGCUGAGCUCAUCCUGAAGGAAUGCAAUGCUGUGGGUAAGAAAGCGGGACUGAAGGGCAUGGAAACCCUUCAAGCAGUCGUGCUCACUUCUGACGAGUGGACGCCCGAGAAUGGCCUUGUGACAGCCGCACAAAAGCUUCAGCGGAGGAAGAUCUCGGACCGGUAUAUGGAUGAGAUCAAGGAGGUCUACAUCAUCGACAGGGAUUAGGUUCCCAUCCGCUCGGUUCUCCCAUGCCCUCUCUUUCACCCUCAAUUCUCCUCGGUAUGAACACACUCUGCCAGUUGGCUAACUGUCCUCGCAAUUCGCGAGGCUUCCUUUUCCACUCACACUCUCACACUCUCGACAUGCUUCUUUCCUGCUGACACCCCACUGCGGAUAGGACAGGCCCCUUGCUGUUAUCGCCUUGCAACAACCCCAUUCCGUAGUAAUCAUAUCUGUACAACACUAAAGCGAUUCCCUCU